UAUGCCUGCAUUAGUAAGUAAACUGUCCUUUUCACCAUCGCCUUACGCCCAGGGUAGGGGGUGUGCAUAGGCAGAAGUUGAUCUAAAAUUUUAUUUUGUGAAAGUUCAUACUUACAUUUUUUUGUGCUUUAAGCCUCUCUUCCCUCGAUAAUUUAAAGCACGCGGAGACUUUCUUUCACUGCUGUUUUUGAUUAUAUUAAAGGCAACGUAACUUGAUCCAAGAUGAUUGAAACAGUCACAGGACCCGGAGCAAAGCCCUUUGCUGUUGAACUGAAGGGCAUGACAGAUCUGGAGGCACGAUACCAACCACUGCUGAGUGGUUUGAGGCUCAUAGAGGGUGCCCAGGACAAUGGCCUCAGGAUGACCCCCAGACUGAGGGAGUUGGAGGUGAAGGACCUGCUCUCUCUGACCAGGUUCUUUGGUUUCAGCUCAGAGACCUUCUCACUGGCCAUCAGCAUGCUAGAUCGAUUCCUUUCUGUAGUAAAGAUUCAACCAAAGCACCUGGCCUGUGUGGGCCUCUGCUGCUUCUACAUUGCUGUGAAGUCCUCGGAAGAGGAGAAGAACGUGCCUCUGGCCAAUGACCUGAUCCGCAUCAGUCAGAAUCGCUUCACAGUGUCUGACAUGAUGAGAAUGGAAAAGAUCAUCUUGGAGAAGCUCUACUGGAAGGUGAAGGCCCCCACAGCCCUCCACUUUCUCCGCUUCUUUCACAACCACAUCCAGGAGCAGCUCGACGCUGAGAGCAAGAAGAUACUGAGCCUUGAGAGACUUGGGGCUCAGCUGAAAGCCUGUCACUGCUCAUUUGCAUUCUCCAAAAUAAAGCCAUCUCUGCUUGCCAUUGCUCUCCUGUGUUAUGAGGCUCAGGAACAACACGACCCAAAGCACGCUGACAAAAUAUCAGAGGCCCUGCGAAGUCUGCAGCAGCAGCUGAAUAUCAAAGAUGGAGAUCUUCUGUGUGUGCAUGAGUUAGUUGGAAAAUGCCUGACUGAAUAUACCAACACCAAGUGCGCAAAGCCAAACAGCCAUAGACUUCGCUGGACCAUUUCAGGAAGAACGGCACGUCAGCUGAAGCACAGCUACUAUAAGAUCGCUCAUCUUCCCACCAUACCCGAGUCUGCUUCUUAAAACUUGGUUGUAUGAAUGGGUGUCCCCAAAGAAUCUUUGUUCUUGUCACCCACAUACAUCUAGUUAUUUUCCUUACAGAUAUUCACCGGUGAUGAUGGAUGUAUUUAAGGAAAAGCUACAAAUGUUGAUUUCCCUCAAGUACACUGUAUUUUUAUCUUCCCCAUUGACAAGGAGUAAUGCUUCGUCAGAUUGGUUCAUCUACUGCCAUCUUGCUAAGUUUUACUUUCCUGGUUGAGUUGUUUGCACAAGUGUACAGUAUGUUCUUGUUUAAAUCAGUACCACUGUAUUUGGUAUUUCCUUGAACAAGUUGCUGGUUUUAAGCUAAUAAGUAAAGAACCACCUAGGUCCUCAGUCCACCAUGUGGAAGAGGAGGGAGAGGGAUUUUGUGAACAGCAAAAAUGGAACCAAGAAAUCGGGCCCAGAAUCCUCAACUCCCACCCUAGGUUGCUAAACUGUCGUGAAUGCACACUCCUACCCAAGGUGAGAACUUUAGGUUUUUUUUUUUUUUUUUCUGAGAUAUGGUGAUGGAUCUCAGGUUUUCUCCAGUGACGAUCCUGUCACACAUGGCUAACCAUACUGUCUGAGGUGAAAUGUCAUCAGCAGUUACAUAUGACUUGUUUUCACUAAAUUAUUUUUGGCAACUGAGUGAAGCUGAAGUGCCACAUAUAGUAUUGAUUUCUAUUGUCAAGCUAUGUAGAGAACACUAAAAAAAUUUGAAAGUGCAGUGGAAAUGUGGACUGAAAUUGGUAUAGGUUUUUUUUUUUUUUUUUUUUUUGCCCACAUCCCUGUCUAGUUUUCUUUAGUGACAAAUUCUCAAAAUUAAAAAUGGCCAAUUGAAUACAGCAUCUGGUUAACCCAUGUACUUGCACCUUUCAAUAAAACUUUAUUGAAAAGUUA